CCUAUACCCCGAGCGGCGGCCAUGCGUGGAAGCUUUUAUUCCUCGUCGCCGCGAAUCGCAGGAAUAAUAAUGCAGAACGACCAAGGGAUUCGAGAGAGAGUAUGAGAAGCGAGAGUGGGCCUACUAAUAACGUCUUCGCUCCUGAUUCGAAACAUUGCCGGCUCAGAUGAGAAACGUGGAAGUAAACUAAGGACGUUGUUUAGACAACAUUGUAAACUCGUACAAAAGGAAGGGAUAGCCAGGAGAUACUUUAUUCUCUUGCAGAUGACAGAACCGACCAUGCAUCUUCGACCUCUCAGGGAAAAAUUCAUGCACCGGAAAGAACGAUUUGUUUUGUUACUUAUGCUUAUAGGCCCUUUAUUGCUCUUGUACAGUUUCUGUUCUACUGCUUACAGUGACAAAGCGGGAAGAUACACCCGUCUUCCUUUAGGGCUCCCCCGAUCUCCUUCAAGACAACUGGCCACUCGCAAACUCUCCUCGAUGGAAAACGGCGAUGUUAUUGUGUACUCCGCCAUCGUCAUACCAUCACGAACACAACGAUCGAAUAUGGAUGUUAUAGUGACCACUUUGCGGACCUCGGAACAGGCUCUGACGUGUUGCUUCGUGACUUACAAACUCAAACUGCUCUCAAUCCAAGCUCAGGCUCACUUCAGUUAUUACUCACAGACAGAUGUACACAUUGGAGGGUACCUCAAUAAAGGGGGUUAUUUUGCCCUCCAGUACAAAUGCACUGUGCCAUUAACAGACGAUUAUGUCAUGUAUUUGACGAUGACACCUCAAAAAUGCCCCGAGAGUUUGGACGAGGGAAUAGAAAUUUCAUAUGUUCCAGAAGCUAAAAACAGAGUAGCUCUGUGCACAACACUUACCGACAAAUACGAACCAACCCCUUCAGAAAUGGUUAGCUGGUUGGAGAUUCAGAUUCAGUUGGGAGUGGAUAAAAUUUUUAUAUAUGACUUACUCGGAUCUAAAAAUUUGUCUAAAGUGUUCGACUUUUACCAAAGGCGAGGGGUUCUGGAGCUACAGCGGUUUACUUUGCCAAAACAUGAGGCGAGCGAAGGUGGAGCAAAUCGGCCGUUGGAAGACAUGCAGGCAGAAUCUGUCCCUGUGCUGGACUGUCGUCAGAGGGCGGCUGGAUUCACUUACGUGUUGUGUCUUGGUUUGGAUAAAGCCCUGGCUCCAAUGUCCUCGGUGACCUUGAACGGAUUCUUCCAGGAACUGCUGAAAGAAAACCCAGAUUCGGCCGGUUUCUACAUAGACGUUGACUGGAGCUUAACGAACCCCAUCGAGGGUGAGACAUCUCGUCUACGAUGGAUAGCAGACAAACCUUACUGGGAAGCUACCAUGUUCAUGUUUCUUCCUGAUCGAGUGCACACUCCAAAUCUCAGUUCUAUGCAACCUCAGCUAAACUAUUCCACGUACAAGUUGUUGCCAGAGAAGGCAAAACUGCGCCACUGUCCAAGUGCCGACUGGGACACCUGUUUCCCAGAACCUAAAAUCAAGAACCGAUACAGGACUCUCAACCAUCAAAUUCGAACAGUUCUUUCGACGCUGGGCAUCAACAGAUGAACAUAAAGACAUGGCGUUUAUUUAGUGUUUCAACAGCUGUUUCUAAUACAAUAAUAUGUGAAACGUGAGCUGAGGGAUCGUUUGAGAAACUGCAUGCAGCUUUUUCUCCAUGUCUGUGAUGAACAUACGGGUAAAUCAGCUAUACUCUUUAAACGUCUGUGACCUGCGAUGUAUAGAAUUUAUUGAGAAAGGUGUAUUCGGUGAGGCGUUCAAAAACUUCCUGAAAGGAAUACACGGGAAUCUUAUCUGAAGCGCCCACAGACAAAUAACAAUGUGAAUCAAAUUUCAUUGCACGUUUUAUAAAUCGGCGAUUUAUUAAAUACAAAGAGCCUGAAGUCUCUACGAAUGGCAUACUAUUGAGCGUAACAUACACCAAAAAGAAUGAUUGACGUUGGAGACUUUGGGAAAGCUAUUGUAUUGUAAAUUUAGCAUUGCUUUCAGUCAAUUCAGACAUUAAAUUUCUAACGGAAUUUAAAAUGGAUUUGAAUUGAGUGGUAUGAAUGAGAAAAAUGCAUAUGAAUGAACGGAAAAAAAUGUCAUAUUUAAAAAAAAAAAGAACAUGCUCACGUU